UCGAUCAGUCAGCUUGAGUCAGUCGCUAGUAUCAUCCGGUCAGGUCGGUUGUUCUCAUAUCACGAGCUCGCGGAUCGAGUACGCAGAACGCAGCGCAAUUAACAGCAGUUAACGCGCGCGAGGCCAGUCAUCGGUCGUCCAACCAUCUAUCAUCAAUCGUAGAAUAACGGAAGUACGAAUACUACAUUUCCGUAUUGUGAUCCAUCUCCGGCUGUUUUUCUCCCAUCUGCGGGUCGUGAUUUUGCGUAGCAAAGAAAAUCACAUCUCUUAUUAGGACCGCACGCAUCUCUCGUGCUCGUCGUCGCUGUUCACAAUUCAUCAACUCGAACAACGCUAGGCCUCAAGAGUAUAUAUAGCAUGUUGAUUUGUGCAGCAGAUGGACAAAGUUCAGUAUAUUAAAGACUCACAGUCAUGGAACAAUUCAAUGGCAUAAAUGAUGGAGAUAUUAAUAUAAGUGAUAUCAUUGACGUCAUUCAAACCACUGAUCCUGAUUCUAUGGCUACUAUAGUAAUGGAUAGUGAACAGCCACGUGUUGAGAUUUUAGAACAACCAGCCAGUAAAGCACUCCGAUUUCGCUAUGAGUGUGAAGGCAGGUCAGCUGGCAGUAUACCUGGUGUCAAUAGUACACCAGAGAACAAAACUUUCCCUAGUAUACGAAUCGUGGGUUAUAAGGGUCGUGCCAUGGUAGUUGUGUCCUGUGUAACAAAGGAUGCCCCCUACAGACCUCAUCCACAUAAUCUUGUUGGCAAGGAAGUAUGCAAGCAAGGUGUUUGUACAGUAGAAAUUCCAUCGGGAAAUAUGGUUGUUACUUUUUCAAAUUUAGGCAUUCAAUGUGUGAAAAAGAAGGACAUUGAAGAAGCUCUUAGAAUGCGUCAAGAAUUACGAGUGGAUCCUUUUCGAACUGGUUUUGAACAUAGGAGACACCCAACUAACAUAGAUCUUAACGCAGUGAGAUUAUGUUUCCAAGUUUUUUUGGAAGGAUCACAGAAAGGAAAAUUUAACAAGCCUUUAGCGCCCAUUGUAUCUGAUCCUAUUUAUGAUAAAAAGGCAAUGUCAGAUCUUGUGAUCUGCAAAUUGAGUCAUUGCAGUGCACCAGUCGCUGGUGGUAUAAAUAUGAUUUUGCUGUGUGAAAAAGUUGCGAAGGAAGAUAUACAAGUGAGAUUUUUUGAGGAGAGAGAUGGGCAAUUAAUCUGGGAAGGAUACGGCGAUUUUCAACCGACGCAUGUACAUAAACAAACGGCGAUAGCGUUCAGAACACCUAGCUAUCGUACACAGGAAGUGGAACAGCCGGUGCAAGCGUUCAUCCAACUUAGAAGGCCAUCGGAUGGUGCUACGAGCGAACCGCUACCAUUUCAAAUGUUGCCACUAGGUACAGGUAGGCCUGCUUUCUGGUCUUUACGGAAAGCAUUUGCCAGGAAGAAGGCAGAAUACAGUACCUUCAGUAAAAUUUUGUCUGCGGAAACUGUUCUUUUUGAUAACGUAACUCCUAAGUUUUCUCGUAAUAUCGACGAAUUCAACAAUAAUGAUCUGGAUACGAAAAAAUUAAACAAUAAAAUCUCUGCAUUGCGUGCUUUAAACGAUUUGUAUAACGUAAAAAAUCAUGUAGAUGUGUGUAAUGGCGAUUUAAAAGCGUCAAUAAAUUCUAUACAAAAUGUAGAGCAACCCGUGAAAAGUGCUAUUUUGGAUUAUGAGAAUAACGAAAUGAUGAUAAUCUCGGGAAGAAACGUGGAAAAUAAUAAAGAAAUUAGCAAAUUGUAUAUUCUUGAUAAUAAUAAUGUAGAAAAUAAUGCAUUUAAUUCCGAGUAUAAAGAAAGAAUUAUCGAUGCGAUUCCUUAUGCGAAAUCCGACGCACAAGAAGAUAGCACGUCCGUAUCAAAAAAUGUAGAUAAUUCAAAGAAUAGGUCAGAUUGGUUCGAUAAUUUUGAAAUAGGCAAAUGGGUGCAGAAGGGACAAGUGUGCCUUAAGGAAAAGAAUAAUGAGACGGAAUUUAAAAAUGAGACAGAUGGCAAUAAACCGUUUAAUGAAUUUUUAUCGCAAGUGGCUGAGCUUGAUCAAAUUUAUGCUGAUACACAUAACAAGUUGAUACGAGCUGCUACGGAGACCAAUCCACAAAUGAUGGAAAUUGAUGUUUGUGAUAAUCAAACUUACACCAGUUUACAAAUGGCUAUGAAAAAUCCAGUAGAGUUGUUCGACAUUAUCGAUGAUAGAAAAUACGAGGAUGUAACCGUCUCUAAACAAGAUGCAGAAGUGCCCGUUAUGUCUGUAACAUUAACAGCUAAGAGAGAUGUAAUGCAUGAGGCGGAGGAAAGAUUGCCACCCUUGCCUCCCAAGCGAAUACGUAAGAUGCCGUCAAUGCCACUUUUGCCGCGUCCAAUAUCUGCUCAAACGCUCACUACCUCACUCAUCAAGGCACCGAAUAAAAAUUUGCCGUCCUUACCCGGUACUUUAUCGAAACACGCUAGACAAGGACUAUUUUCGAAAUUAUUUGCUAAAAAAAUUAAAAAAGAUAAAUGUUCAGAUCUAAGUAGAGAUAGUGAUCCGUCAUUGAAUACUUCAUAUUUAUCGAAAAGUACUAUGCAAGAUGUUAUACAAUCACAAAGUCUAUAUCCUAGUACGAGUGUUAAAUCUCUUAAGCUAAAUGACGAUGAAGCACCAUAUGGUGUAGAUUUAACUGAGGCUGAGCACUAUGCUCUAUAUACUACUAUGGCACCACAUGCAACUGCCUCAGAAUUUGAUGAAAUGUCUUUUUAUUAUAGUCUAGUUGAAGAUGGGAAAAUACUGACGGAAACAAAAGAGACUUAAACUAUUUGAUAGAUGUUUUAUUGAUCUAUUUAAUAUUUCUUUUUUGUUUAUAUACUGCCAAAUUGAAAAUAACUUAAUAUUUGUACAUGAAUUAAUGAUGUUUGAGUCUACCGAUUUUGAGUCUGCCGAAAUGUGAAGAAUAUUGUCUUGCAUUGCAGCUAUAAACUUUUACUAUCGUCAGCUCUUAUAUAUUUACAGUUUUUAUGACAUUCAUUUAAGAAUGUAUUUGUAUUUUUAAACCAAAGAUUUUUACGGAAAAAAAUCGAGAAUUUCCUUAAGACAUAU